CAAUGACCCAGUGACUUUGGAAGUGCAGGCGCAAUUCCAUCAAUCUCAACCCAGCCCAUAACACCUUGAUUGCGAGUCUUGAUCAGACACUCAUCUUCGCAAUCAUGGCCGAUUCACCUGUUACCAUCCGAACUCGCAAGUUCAUCACCAACCGACUCCUGUCGCGAAAGCAGAUGGUCGUGGAUGUCCUCCACCCCAACCGACCCAACGUCUCCAAGGAUGACCUGCGCGCCAGACUCGCCGAAGUGUACAAGUCCAACAAGGACCAGAUUAACGUUUUCGGCAUGCGGACACAAUAUGGUGGCGGCAAGUCAACCGGUUUCGCCCUCAUCUACGAUAGCGUCGAGGCCAUGAAGAAGUUCGAGCCCCACUACAGACUCGUCCGUGUCGGACACGCAACCAAGAUCGAGAAGGCCAGCAGACAACAACGCAAGCAGAGAAAGAACCGAUCCAAGGAGGUCAGAGGUACGGCGAAGACGAAGGGUGCUGGCAAGAAGGACAAGAAAUCUAAAUAAGCGUGAGCAUGUGGUAUUGUGGGAGGUGUCGAUUGAAAUCGUGUCAUUGGGAUGGCAUAAUUCGUGGUCUGUGGAAGACGCCAGGAUGACUUUCCGCCUCCUUUCAAGCAACAAUGUCUCUGAUAAGACUGAAGCAUUGCGGAUGGAGAUACGAAUUGAAGAUGCUGCCACGCGAUUGUUUCGGUCUUGAUAGACCAACAGGCUCUUGCACUACAAGUUUUUCAAGAUGGGCAACGGCGCACGAGAUCCAUAACUCAAUGAAUCAAAAUCAAAUGUGAAUC